AUGCCGGUGCUCUCGAAAAUUGCCCACUCCAUUGGAUUGCCGAUUGUGAAUACCAAUUGCUAUGAAACUAUUCACACAUGGUCACCACAUUGUAAUCAAGCGAUUCUGGACACCAUUCCCGAUGGCAUACUGUUUUGUCUGAAAACCUACGCACCAUUCUACUUGGUGACUUCGCUUGUAGCGAAACGUGGAGACAUUCGCAAGAUUGACUUUAGGCGCUACUUCACCGACGUAAUUCGUUCUUCAAUAUUCCUCACUGCUAAUCUAUUACUAUUUGUAUUCUUUCUAUGCCGAUUGAGGCACAUAUUGGGAUUUUUUACUCCGGUCUCUAUGGGUCUGGUGAGCAGCAUGUUUGGAAGUUUCUUCUCACUGCUCAUUGAGAAGCGAAGUCGUUGGCCGGCGUUGGCCCUAUAUUUGACCAAUUUAGCGUCCGAAACAUUAUUUCGGCAACUUGCCAAUCAUGGACAUAUCCCUAAAAUAAAAAAUGCGGAAGUGAUACCAUUCGUGGUCGGUAUUGGACUGUUUUCCUAUCUCUAUAAUGCUGGAGUACUCGAUGAAAGCACAAAGAAGUUACUCAAUUUUACGCAUGACCUUGAUGGAAAAAGGGAUAUUGUCGAGGACUACCCUAUGCCAAAAGAAUUCAAAGGAUUCCUUUGUGAGCUUCGAAGGAAAUACAGCAAGACAGAACAUUGCAUCCAUAAGCAUUCUUGUGUCAGUAACGUCACUGAGAGCUUUGGUUACAACUUCGCGAUUGGUCUCACUGUUAGUGUUGCAUUAACGCUGGCCAAAAAUUCUUCGAUGGUAUUUUCUAAUCCAGCAAAAUUGUGGCAAAAACUCUUCUCCAAGGCAACCUUGCGAAUACCAACCUUCUAUGGUCUCAUGCCUCUCAUAUUCCACUAUCCGUUUUUCUUCAUUUAUGAAUUGAUGGAGAACCUCUUCAACAUUCCUCCUUCAGAUAGUUCGUUGUGA